CCACAGUCCUAGGAUAUCAUACUUCUUAUCCCGAGCGCCUGUUCGGACUCAGGAACUUCGAGCAUCAUUAUCCUUUGAGAAGCGCUCAGUACCUUUAAUCCCGGAACAUCAUCUUCAAUGGCCGCGAUGGAUCUGCAGGGCCAUCUCAAAUGGACCGGGCUGAUAAGCAUAUUCUCCCUAAUCAGUCUGGUUAUUGCCAGUCUAUCGAUCACAUCUACAGAGAACACAAACAUUCCUCCAUGCCAGCAGCAUGCCGAACUGCAGUCGAACGACAACACCCGCAACACCAGGAAAGUGUCUCUGCUUAACGGACUAGACCACCAACCACCGCUCGUCAUAGAUACUUUCAACGACGCAUGGCGGAACAAUCUCGGAUUCUGGCACGGUGCGGGAGAAGGUCUACCUAUUGAGCAUGGCGACGAUUACGUGCGAUUCUUUCCAACAGAUCCCGACCACAACUAUCACACUCAGCUAGCGGCAGCGGAAUGCUUCAGUUUCCUUCCCUACAGCGACCAGUACCUUCAUAUUGUGUUUUCGGGAACAAACAAGUUCAGCAUCUCGCUCAACCAGAACAAUGAGGACUGUGACCCUUAUCGGAAACCAUACCCCGAGACGUGGGAUUCAGUGGAGGCGGCCAGGUAUACCAGUGGCAAUGAGAUAUACGUGCCUCUUUCACAUUUCCACAUUGAUCAAUCCAGAGUCUUGUCGGUAUCCUUCAAUGGAUUCUACUCCAAGGAAAGCUUGACAUUAUACAAGGUGGAAAUUGUGCCGGAGCUCCCAAUGGGUCUUCGAGUGCCAAACAGGCUAGCCAAUGGUAGGAUGGUUCUUAGAUGCACAAGGCCCAAUUCCUUUGCUUUCGGCAUAGACGAUGGGCAACCACGCUUCGCCCAAGAGGUCAUGGAUAUCCUGGAGAAGGAGAACAUUCUGGUGACCUUUUUCGUUGUCGGAGCGGGACUCCGGAAUGAGGAGACCAAUUUCACACAAGUGUACCGGGAAAUGCUAAGGAGAGGCCAUCAAAUUGCCCUGCACUCGAAUACACAUCGAAAGAUGGAAGGUUUGGAAGCCAUCGAAGACAUCGACGACGAAAUCAUCAGGAAUAUCCGAGCAUUCGGGAGUUUCCUGGGAGUUGAGUCUCGCUACUUCCGGCCACCAUUUGGAACCAUUGGCUCCAGAACCCGACAACGGCUUGCAGUGUAUACCUCCGAUCCUCAGAUUGUCAACUGGAGUGUGGACAUUGAGGACUGGCUCUGGGGUGAUACCGAAACUCCGGAGAGACAGCUGGAGGCUUUCUAUCGAGAUGUGAGGCGCGGGGGCAACCUGGCUGUGAUGCAUUACCUAAAGCCGAGCACGGUCAAGUAUUUCCCACAGGUUAUUCGCUUUGUCAAGGCAAUGAACUUGACCAUUAUGCGGAUCGACCAGUGCCUUGAGGACCCUAGCAGUCCACCACUGAUGGUCGGUUGACCGCGAGAUCCAGCCCUUAGUGGUCUGCUGCUCGUAAUGAUUUGGGUAAGGCAUGCGGGCACACGUCAUGUUUUCGGACACAAACCGACUUUGAAAUAGAGAUUGUAUACAGCUGCGAAUGAGGAAAUGGAACGAAGAAUCGAUUCAAUCGACAGUAUGCCUGUUAAUGGAAAUAGUAUAGUAUAACCUGUUGAACCCAAUGCUUUACCACCGGAGACGCCUGCCCAAUGUAUAAUCUGACGCUGUGC